AAACUUAGUAGAAGUUAGUAGAACAGUGUUUAAUUUAAAUUCACAAUGUCUGAAAAUCUAUUGGACGCAAUUUGUUUCAUCCCUGUUAAUUAUAAUUUAACAGAGGAGGAACUUAAUAGAACAGUGAUAGACUCUAUGAAAAGGGGCGUACUAGAUGGAGAAUGUAGCGUUUGUCUCAGCGACAUAUCAGGAGACAUAUACCUCACGGGAUGCGUACACUGUUAUCAUAAGGAGUGCUUGCAGGAAUGGGUUGCGCAUUCAAAUGAGUCCUGCCCCUUAUGUAGGACAUCACUGAUAAUAGAGAAAACCUUCCGGAUAUUUGACAUGAAAUCGAAUCGAUGAAUCAUGAUUCAUCGAUUCCAUCCGGAAGGUUUUCUUUUUUUUAAUUGUAUAAUUUUGUAAGGAUCUUUGAUAUAAUCAUUGACAUUGUAUAAAUAUUGUGUUAAUAAAAUGUAAUAUAUUUAAAUUAUUUAAAAAUUUUUCUUCAUCCCAAUCCCCAUAAAGCUAACUGAUGAAGCGUCAUUUGAUUAAAAAUGUAGAUGAAUGUUCUGAAUAAAACAAUAAUAAUAUAUUUCAAAAAUAAUCUCAGCCAUAUAUGGCAUUUGAAUUAGAAUUGAUUUCGCUUGAUCCAAUAGUCAAGAAUAGGCAUGCUCAUUCAGAAAUGGACACAAAGAAGGCCUAAUGUGAUACGGGGAUAAUAAAAAAUUUGUUCACCAAGAUAAAGCGGAUAUUUGUGGUAACCAAUUUCUGAUUAAAUGUCUUUUUUUAUGUAUACAGGGUGAGUCUUUGACUUGUACAUAUA